GUUGGGUUGGGUUGGCACUUGAGUUGAGAGUAUUUUUUGGGAGUUUAGGUUAAGACUGCAAGAUGGCUGCAAUGUUGGAACUUGGUUGGAAUUCUGUUCUUUGUUCGAUUGUUCCCGGUUUCUGCAAGAUAUAGGAUUGUCUAUUUGAAUGUUUAUUCAAUGGUUUAUUGAUUAUUGAUUGUGCCUUUUGAUAAAACCAUAGAUACUCCACUUUUUGUUGGAAUAUUUGUAUAUAGGAUUUCUAAGCAAUUUGACACAAUGGGCAAUAAUUUUACCAUAAAUAUGGAAGAGAAUUUCAAGAAGAACCAAGAAUUCAUCACGGAAAUGAAUACAAUAAAAAUUGAGAGGCAGUUGCAAAUGGAGAACAUAAUGAGGGAGAGGAAAAUAGCUUUGGAAAUUGCCAAAUCCCGAGAAUUAUUUUUCUGGUAUGGUGCUUUCUAUUUAACAAGUGUUACAUGGGCAGUGACUAGUUACAGAUAUAAGAGAAAUCCACUGUUCUUAUUACCAAUAGUGCCACUAUCUUUCAUCAUAGCUUACCAAGCUGAUUUGUCCUAUGGAAACAAGUUGCACAGAGUCAUUAUGGAGGCUGAACAUAUACUUCAGUUUGAAAGUGAUUUGUUGUCCUUACCCUUGGGAGUCCCUACAGCAUCCUCCAUUGACUUGAAGAGAUUUGAAAAUGAUGAACAGAAAAAGUUGCAUCCUGUGUUACCGCCCAUUUAAUAGAACCUUUUGAAACACACACAACAUGGCCACUGAAAAAUUGUUUGAAAUGUUGCCAAUUCACAGGUUUGAAAAAUCUUAGAUACAUUCCAGAAGCUUACACACUAUAUAUGAGAAAAUUAAUUCAACAAAAUCAUUCCAAACAUAUGCACAUGGCCAUUGUAGUUUUGAAUAUCAACUUCUCUAGAGGUUGAAGUCAUGUGAUAAAAGAAGAGAUGAAGAGAAAUAACACUGUACUGUUUUAUUUGAAUGAUUCACCCAAGAGUUCUAAUAUCAAAACUUCAGUUCAAGAGUGAUAGGAUCAUUGCUUCAUUUUCAAUAUCACUCAGUUUCAGUAGUUUUGGCUAUCAUUUUAUUACACACUUCACAUAUGCCCAUACUCAACUACCUAUUCUAGAUGAUAUUUGUAUGGAUACUCACGAAAAAUAAUAUUCCUUAUAUUUCUAGAGUAUCAGUGACAUUUAUAUUAAAAUUGCAAUAUCCUAUAGGCAGUUAUGAAGGAAAGGAUUUCCAAAAUAUAUUAUGAUAUUUAAUAUGCCCCCAUUGAGAUGUUUAUUUCCCCCAAUAAAGUUUGAAUAAUUUGAAGACAUACAUUUCCCAUCCCCUACUUAAUUGACUUGACACUUGAGAUAAACACAGCUUGGAAAAAACAUCUUUAUUAACG